AAAAGUCAUGAACGCCUCUGUUUUUCGUACUAAGACAAAAGAAAAAACAAAAAAAACUUCGGUGCGUUUCUGAUAGUACAUAGCUUCCCAAUAUAUGUCAACUAUGAACCAAUGAGAAAGCUUCUACGUAGUCAUUUGACUUGCUGACCUGCUAGAAAUGACCGUCAAAUCUUCGUUAAAUCACAUCUUAGCGUCUUAAAGGAAUUGGACAGACAUAUUGAAGAUAGUGGUUCUAUAUAACAUUGAAAAAUGAACGGAAUGGUCAAAGCUUUGCACAUAGGUGACCGGGAAAACACCUGUUCUGAUCAGGUAAACAUGACAACAAUUACAUUUGUGACAGGGAAUGCUAAUAAAUUAAAAGAAUUUACUCAAAUUCUUGGCAAAAACUUUCCCUAUAAAUUAAUUAAUGAAAACGUUGAUAUUCCUGAAUACCAAGGAGAAAGUGAUGAUAUUUCACGUGCCAAAUGUCUUGAAGCUGCUAAAAUUGUCAAAGGUCCAGUUGUUGUAGAAGAUACCUCUCUUUGCUUUAAUGCUCUUGGUGGACUGCCAGGACCAUACAUAAAAUGGUUUUUAAAUAAAUUAAAGCCAGAAGGUUUACACCGCCUCCUGCAUGGAUUUGAAGACAAAAGUGCAUAUGCUCUAUGUACACUUGCUUUCUCCACUGGCAAUCUAGAAGCCCCAGUCUUGCUAUUCAAAGGUCAAACAGAUGGAAAAAUUGUGGCACCUAGUGGACCAAACGAUUUUGGAUGGGAUCCUUGUUUCCAACCCGAUGGCUUUGAUCAGACAUAUGCUGAAAUGCCCAAAGAAUUAAAAAACAGUCUAUCACAUCGUGGGAAAGCAGUAAUGGCAUUCAAAGAGCAUUUUAUGAAUAAAACUAUGAAGUAAAUGUAAA